CGUGCGUGUUAAACUAGGGAGGGACAGGUUUCAGCUUAGUAACGUUAAGGGCAAGCAUGUACUCUGAUGAGAGCAGUGAAACUUUCCCCCUUAUGCUCCCAGCCUCCACUCCCUUCCGGACUCCUUGCCUUGCAAAAGUGUGCGCAGACCCGGGAGACCGCUGUGGAGAGGUUCAGGAUUUGGGGGGUUUGUUUUUAACAAUCUAACGAAGAAAAGGUUUUGUUUUGUUUUUUUUUCAAAUCUUGGUUGAUCGCUCUACUAAACCCAAGUAGGACUACGGUGCAAGUUUCCCUUCACUAACGAACUUUUACUCAUUUGGAUUAAUCAGCUAGAUUAUGGAAAAGCUUGUGAGAGAGCGCCUUUCCUUAGCGCGCGGGAUACGCACCGUCCUUCUGGCACUCGUACUUUGCGCGCAGGCUUGUUUCGGCUUUUCGGUCGCUGGACAGCAGGAGAGCACCUGCGAGGCCAAUGGCAGCAUAUACUACAUGGGAGAAUGGUAUUUCCUGGACUCUGAUCACUGCACUCAAUGUGAGUGCACCGCUGAGGGCUCCGUGUGUGCCCGCACUGAAUGCACCUCUCUCCCAGCUGCAUGUAUCCACGUUAGCCACUACCCCACCGACUGCUGCCCCAGGUGUGAAAAAAUUGGGUGCGAGUAUCGAGGGGUGGUGUACGAGCUAGGACAGAACUUCCAGCCAUCAGAAUGUGAGCAGUGCACUUGUGACAGUGAUGGCAUUGCCCGCUGUCUUGUGGCAGAUUGUGCGCCUCCACCAUGUGUCAACCCUGUCUAUCAGCCUGGGAAGUGCUGCCCUGAAUGCAAGGAGGGUCCUAACUGCUAUGUUGAUGGAUCACGCAGUAAAGUGAUUCCUGCAGGAGAGCCCAUCUGGGUUGACUCCUGCACCAAGUGUCGUUGUCACGACGGCCAAGAUGCUGGUUACUGGGAGGGAAACCGCCUCGCCACCUGUUCCCGCCUCAGAAACUGUAAACCUCACCAGCCGCCCACCCAGCAAAACUGAUUCUCUGUCAGUAGGUAGACUGUCAGAGGUCUACAUUUCUUAAAAUACAUGUUUAAAGAAGCAGUACGUUAAUGUACUGUACAGUACUGUGCAAAUGUCUUAAGCCACCGGUUCUUUCUUUUUCUUUUUCUUUUUUGCUAGAAAAAUGGGAAAUAGCUGCAUAGAUUUAUUUAAACUUGUGCAAACAUACAUGGAAAUACAUAAUAAAAGGCAAAAACAGAGUUUGUACUAUGCAGUGGAAGGGUAUCUGUCAAGGAGUGAAUAACAGAUGGAUCAGCUGAAAGGCCACAUACAACUCUCAUUGCCCUGUGUCAGGUCUUUGCUGGACUUUAAGAUGCUGUUUAUAUGCUGCAGAUUUUUGUUUGGGACUGCCACUUUUCCUCCACUUGUCCAGUUCCUCAAAUUCCUUAAGUUCACACUGCACACAAUGUCAAAAUAUGACAAGUUUUCUGCUAGAAGUUCUUUCGGACCUUCGCUCCUUGUUGGUGCAAAAAUACUAUUUUGUGUCUCUCAGAUUGUGUUAACUUUGACAUUUUUUGUAUCAUGUGCCUAAACAUAUGAUUUUAAAUUUGCUAAAUCGUCUCUUAUCUAAUCUCUCUUACACUGGUUCAUCUCUUGAGUUAGGUACUUUUUUUUUAUUUUUUUUUUUAUAAAAGACCGCCCUUCAAAAAUAAUCAA